AUGCAAUUUUCUAAAAGUAAUAUGUCUUCUGAAAAUGAAAAACCAACUUCAUCAUUUUGUAGUAUUUUGUUUAGUAUAAAAACAUCAUUGAUUUUACUUUUUACUUCAAUAAUACUACUCAUUAUCAUUAUAGAAUUUGAACAUCAGAUUAAAAAGUUUUUCAAAAUUGUAACAAAUGAUAUGAUAGAGAUAUCAAUUGGUAUAUUACUUUGUUUCAUGGUACUUUCUAGUUUAAUUCUAACUAUUAUAUCUAUUAGAUUUCUGUAUAGAAAAUACCUUAAGUAUGAUUAA